ACACAAAGUUUUAAGUCGCAUAAUUGAUAACUCGCGAAUUAGAUGCUCCUGUAUGUGAUAAAAAAUGUAUAUCUAUAGUGUAUAAAUCUUCCAGUAUUUAUCCAAGCGAGCAAACGUCAACAUCAACAUUUCCCAAAAGGAUGGUGAAUUUCUAUGGACACCUGCAACUCAAGGCAUCAUUCUUGGUUCUUUCUACUAUGGCUAUUGCUGCUUCCAAAUUAUAGGAGGAAGGCUCGCAGAAAUUUAUAGCGGCAAAUUGGUAUUUGCCGUCGGCACUUUCUUGGCUUCCAUUAUGGCAAUCCUCACACCGUUGGCGGCAUGGCACAGUGUCACUGCUAUCGUGUUAGUACGAGUGCUACAAGGUGUGUCACAGAGUGCGAUGCUUCCAUCAUUGUACACUGUCUUCAGUAACUGGUUUCCUGAUUUUGAGAGAGGAACUUUAGGUGCUGUUGUCGGAAGUGGGCUCAGCAUUGGAACACUAACUGGAAUGAGCAUAUCUGGACUUCUUUGUAACUCAGAUUUAUUUAAUGGAUGGCCUUCAGUUUUCUACUUAUUUGGUUUCUUAAACUGUCUUAUGGCUAUUUUCUGGUGCAUGCUGGUUACAAACUCUCCUACCACUCAUCCUUUGAUAACGGAAAAUGAAUUAAAGUAUAUAAUUUCCAAUCAACGAUCAGAUAUGAAUACCCAGGUUCCACCCUUGCCUUGGCUGAAAGUUUUGACGUCAAUACCAUUCAUAGCUCUUAUCAUAACUCAGGUUGGUUCUGAAUGGGGCCUUUAUAUUAUCCUGAAUGAUUUACCCACCUUUUUUGCGACAAUAUUGCAUUUUGAUAUAGAAAAGAAUGGAAUUCUCUCGUCAAUCCCAUUUCCAAUAAAAGCUGUGAUCGCUAUUACUGUUGGAUUUACCUCUAACUUAUUGUUACGUAAGGGUUACGCCACAGUAAAUUUCAUCAGAAAAUUUUGCACCGUGUUUCCAUUUUUAUGGUUUUCGGCUGGAUUAGUUGGUGUUUGCUUAGCUGGAUGCAAUGCUGUACUCUCUACCAUUUUUUUCAUCUGUUCUGUACCCAUCAUAGGAUUUGCCGUUUGUGGUUAUAAUAUUAAUCAUUUAGAUUUAUCUCCAGAAUAUGCAGGUACAUUGUACGGUAUAUCCAAUACUUUUUCAAGUAUGAUGGGAUUUUUAGCGCCUAUGUUUGUAGGGUAUAUUACUAAUGAACAUCAAAGUUUUCAGGAAUGGUACACUGUGUUUGGAACUGUCAUUGCUGUUCUCUUAUUUUCAUCUGUGAUUUUCUCUGUCUUUGGGUCUACGAAGAAGCAAAAUUGGAUAGAUACAGAACCAGAAGUUAAAGCAAUUAAACAGACUCUAAUCUGUUACAAUACUCUUAAACAGACAUAAGAAUAUCUUCAUAAUAAGUUCGCAUGUAUUUUAACAAGUUGAAUGCCACUCUAAUUUUACAUGGCUUGCCCGUAUAGCCACAACGGUAAAUAACUACAAGUUAA